UCCACCCCACUCCACAUUGGCCCUGAUCAAACAAGAGUGGACGGUGGGGAACUGACACACUAUGCUCAGAGCCACGAGGCUGGGGAGAGGCCUCCACAAGCCCUUAGCCAUCCUCAGGCACAUGGGGCCUCUCCGUGCCGUGAGGCCACAGCUCCAGUGCUUCCGGCAUUCCUGUGCAGAGAAACGCGGCAGCUGUGCCUGGCACCCCCUCUGGACUGGUCCUGUCUCCUCACUGGGAGGCACCCGGCAGUCUCCCAUCAACAUUCAAUGGAGGGACAGUGUGUAUGACCCACAAUUGACACCGCUCAGGGUCUCCUAUGAUGCGACAUCCUGCAGGUACCUCUGGAACACCGGUUACUUCUUCCAGGUGGAGUUUGACGAUUCCUCUGAGGAGUCAGGGAUCAGCGGUGGGCCCCUGGGAAACCACUACAGGCUGAAGCAGUUUCACUUCCACUGGGGAGCAGCGAACGCUUGGGGCUCGGAGCACGUGGUGGAUGGCCACGCCUACCCAGCUGAGCUCCAUUUGGUUCACUGGAAUCCCGUGAAAUAUGAAAAUUACAAGGAAGCCGCUGUGGGGGAGGAUGGGCUGGCGGUGAUUGGCGUGUUUCUGAAGCUCGGGGCCCGGCAUGAGACUCUGCAGAGGCUGGUGGACCUCUUGCCAGACGUGAAACACAAGGAUACACAGGUGGCCGUGGGCCCCUUUGACCCGUCAGAACUGCUGCCUGCCUGCCGGGAUUACUGGACCUACCCUGGCUCCCUCACCACCCCGCCCCUAGCUGAGUCAGUCACCUGGAUUAUCCAGAAGAUGCCCAUUGAGGUGGCUCCAAGCCAGCUGGCAGCAUUCCGCACGCUCUUGUUUUCCGGACGUGGUGAGGAAGAAGAGGCGAUGGUGGACAACUACCGCCCACUCCAGCCCCUCCUGGACCGGGAAGUCCGUGCGUCAUUCCAGGCCACUAGGGUGGGAACGUCUGCAAGGGUAGGCAGAACGGAGUGAAAACGAGGUGUGCACUUUGCAGGGGUGUCAUGUGACGUGACACCGGGAUUAAAAAGAAGACGAAAUCAUUACUCCAGUCAACCCACUUUUUCUGUUGCAAGUAAGGGAAAUACUUGAAAGAAACUGAAGGAACAGGGCUGGAGGGACAGCUCAGCCUACAAAGAGCUUAUGUGAGGCCAUAAGGACCUGAGUUCAGAUCCCCAGUAUCCGCCCAGAAAAGGUGUGCAUGUAAAUCUCAGUGUGGCGAUAUGGAAUGUGGAGGCAGGGGAUCCCUGGGAGCCUGCAGGCAGCCAGCCAGGACUGUGUCAUAAAAUUCCAGAGAAGUCUUGUCUCAAACAAAAUGUGGAAUGUAUCUGAGCACUGAUGUGACGACCUCUGACCUGCACAUGCCAAAAGUGCAUAUUUGCAUCUGUACCAAAAUACCCAAAUCAUUCACAUGUGUAUGCGCGCGCGCACACAAAGAAACUUAAGCUCAUAGGGUAGAACCCUGUGGCCAUCUCAGGAGACCCAAGACAGGUACAAGAUGGCCUUCAAGAUGGAGCAAGUUGCCGGAGGUGGUGGCUCAUUCCUUUAAUUCCAGCACCAGAGAGGCAGGGGGUAGGGAAUGGAUCUUUGUGAGUUUGAGGCCAAUGGUUUACAUAA